AUGUUCAUCGGCGACGUCAAUGCCCGCACUAAGAAAGCCGUGGAAAACUUCCGCCAGCUAACAUACACUUGUAUGGCCAACACUGGCACCCGCGAACCCGAAACGCUCGAGUUCCCAUCAAAGCCAUGUGCUUAUGGCAUCAUGGUGAACCAACGAUUCCCUACAUGCUGGGAUGGUGUCAAUCUCGACAGUCCAGAUCACAUGUCACACAUGUCCUACCCUGAGUCCGGAACAUUUGAAUCUCAAGGUCCCUGCCCAGCUUCUCACCCAGUCCGAAUGCCCCAAGUGCUCUUCGAAGUCGUCUGGGACACAUCGAAAUUCAACAACAAAGCUGACUGGCCCGCCGACGGCAGCCAGCCCUUCACCUGGAGCUUCGGCGACGCAACAGGUUACGCCAACCACGCUGAUUACGUGUUUGGAUGGAAAGGCGAUUCGCUUCAGAGAUUAAUGGAUACGCCAUGUGUGGUCAAUUGCCCAAAGGCGAAUCCAAAAACUCAGAACAACGCGGCGAUGAAUAAGUGCACGCAGAAGUCGGUGGUUGAUGAGCCGGUUGAUGGAUGUAAGUCCCCGUCUUAAUCCUACUCCUCAAUUGAGGUCGUACGUGUUGAUAUGCCGGGAUGGCUAACCAAUGGUUCGUAACGUAGGGCUCAAAGAAUUACCGGGCGGACAUCAAGCUCAGUACUCUUGAAGCGAGGAGGAUGAAAGGGGGCAGCAAGGGGUGAAGAAGGGGGGCUCAGGUAAGGAGCAGUGACGAUUGGGGAUUUGGUUUCACUCUCUCUUGUUACCCCAUAUGACAUUUAGGUAGAAUAUUGAGUAGGAACUGUUGGAUACUAUGUCUCUCCCUGAGUGUGUGCCUGGUGUCGUGGAUGUAGACUGUGGCUUGAUAGGCUCUGAACGCUGCGAGUGUAUCCAUGGUGACCGGGAAGAAAGUGCGG